CUCUUCUUCUGCCCUAACCCUAGUAAUAUCUCUUCCUCCCUGUCUUCAGGAGCCCUAAUUUUUUUGUGUUUCUUUCCUGCUGGUUUUUGCUCAGGUCUUGUUUCAGGAGCAAGUUGAAACCUGUUCUGCACUGCAAGUUGUUUUUGUGGCCUCUAUCUGUUUGACACUUCAUAAUCAUUGAAGGAUUUGGAUGCUUUGGGAAAUUAGGAAAGGGAUUUUGACAGCGCAAUUCAAAUCUUAAAACCAAUAUUGUUAAAGAGAACCUUGAAGGAUAUGUGAGGUUUCCUUAUUGCUUAGUUCUCCUGUAUCUCUGAAAUACUACUUCUGAAAUGGGUUAGUUUAAAUUGGCAAAGCCAUAGUUGCCUUGUUAGUGCUUGAGUUGAUUCCAGAAAAGGUGGAUAUGGCAUCCAGCACCUGUGAAAUUGUUGAAUCCACUGAUGAAUUAGAUGCUGGAUCUAAAAUGGAUGAGCAAGGCAGAAAGCAUUGGUUGCCGAAGUCAGGAAAUAAGUAUUCUAUUGAGGAUGAUAUUAAUCGUCUUUUUGAGGCAAUUGACAUUAGGGCAUCUUCUAUGUCUCCCAGCCUGUCUCAUGACGCUUUAAGGAAGAGCGCUAUGAAAAGACCAGUCAGAGUUAGUACAUCUCAAGCUUCAAGGAUUGGAAUUUCAGAGCCAGUGAACUUGAAGCAGGCAUUUAGAGGAUUGUGCAUCUCUCAAGCAUCAGAAAUGGCUGCUAUGAAGAAGCGGUUGUCAAAGCCAGCAAGCUCAUCUAGGGUCUCAGAAUCAGGUUCUAUGAAAAGAUUAUACAGAGCUGUGGUAGUUGAGGCCAGUGGAUCCAACCUUACGCCAAAUGAGGGUAAAGGGAAUUUGGUAGAAAUCUCCCUUGUUCCAGAAAAGAUCUCAUCAAAUUCUUCUGAGAAGAUGCCUGAACCUCUGAAUGUGCUGGAGGAAGAGUUUUCAAACCAAAAUGGUCAUCCAUCUAAUUGUUUAGAUAAUGCAACAACGAAAAAGGCAAUGAAGACCAAAUUACCAUCACCGGAUCAAAUUGCUCCUCUUCCAACAGAAUCUAGGAAUGAAAUAUUGGUGGCAGAGCAUAAAAAUACAAAAUCUGAUACUACUGGCAAAGUCCUGGAGAUAGGUCCUUCCUCGCUUGAGACUUGUAUCAAAACUUCUGUACCGGACAAGGAGCAAAUGAGCAAGUUGCAUGCUGGAUCUUCUCCAUCUGCUUCCAGUGCUUGUGGUAAGAUGAAAUCUGCUAGUGAUGGUCCAUGUCUAAGCAAACCAGUGUUUAGGAGCAAGAGCUUUAUCUGGAAGAAAGUGAAGCAGGAGCCAGCUUUUGCUGCCAGCAGUUCCAAUCUUUGUACUGGGAAUGUUAGCCCCACACAGAGCAUUCCUCUUGGGAACCGAAGGAAAGAAAAUACUGAAGCUUCUCCAGUAUCCAGCAGCUCCAGUCACAGCAUUGAAGUCAGUUCAGGCAUUGUUGAGACAAGUUCUAAACCGCCUUCCUGUUCAAAGUGCAGUAACAAAACCAAAGCCAUAGUGACCAAAGCUGAUGAAAGAUCAAGAGACAAGGGAGAGUUUUCCCAGAGCUCAAAGAGUAGCAUUGGGGACUAUAGUAGCAGCACAAGCACCAGUGAGGAAAGCAAUCUGAGUACAUCUAGUCGCUGUGGCAGUAGGCCUCAUAUGUCAAAAGAUUUGAGGUGGAAAGCUAUUCUCUCUGUUCAGAAGCAGCAUGGAAACUUGGGUUUGGGGCACUUCAAGCUUCUGAAGAAGAUUGGAUCCGGGGACAUUGGAACUAUUUAUCUCGCUGAACUGACUGGUACAAGCUGCCCAUUUGCUAUGAAGGUUAUGGACAAUGAGUUUUUGGUGAGCAGGAAGAAGAUGGCGAGAGCCCAAACAGAAAAGGAGAUAAUGGAAAUGCUAGAUCAUCCUUUCCUCCCUACCCUAUAUGCUCAUUUUGCUACAGAUAAAUUUUCAUGCUUGGUUAUGGAGUAUUGUCCAGGUGGAGAUUUGCAUGUAUUACGGCAGAAGCAACCUGGCAGGAGUUUUUCUGAACAAGCAACAAGGUUUUAUGCUGCUGAAGUUCUCCUAGCAUUGGAGUACCUACACAUGCUAGGUGUCGUAUACCGAGAUUUAAAACCAGAAAACAUCUUGGUCCGUGAAGAUGGUCAUAUCAUGCUCACAGAUUUUGACCUAUCACUCAGAUGUGCUGCUAAUUCAGUACUGCUUAAAUCAUCUUCACCUGUUGCUGAUCCUAAAGAGAAGAUGUCAAGUCCAUGCUCAGAAUCUAGCUGCAUUGAACCUUUCUGUCUCAAUCCAUCCUUUCAAGUCCCGUGCUUCACUCCUAGGCUUCUGUCACUUGCUUCAAAAUCACGGAAGAUAAAGUCUGACUUAGGAGCUCAGGUUAACCCUAUGCCACAGCUUGUAGUGGAGCCAACAAGUGCGCGAUCAAACUCAUUUGUUGGAACACAUGAAUACCUAGCUCCUGAGAUUAUCAAGGCUGACGGACAUGGGAAUGCUGUUGAUUGGUGGACGUUUGGUAUCUUUCUGUUUGAGCUAUUAUACGGAAAGACACCUUUCAAGGGUUCAACAAAUGAUGAAACAUUAGCCAAUGUGGUGUCACACAGCCUUCGGUUCCCCAGUAGUCCUAUUGUCAGUUUCCAUGCAAGAGAUUUGAUCAGAGGGCUUUUAGUAAAGGAUCCAGAGAAUCGAUUAGGAUCAGUGAAAGGAGCUGCAGAAAUCAAACAGCACCCUUUCUUCGAAGGCCUAAACUGGGCUCUUAUACGUUGUGCAACACCACCAGAGAUGCCAAAGUUUUUUGAUGCUGGAAUUGCUGCACCAGUUACAGCUUUACAAACAAAAGACAGCUCCAAGCAUGAGGAAUCUCAGGGCACAGAAGAGCAUACAGAGUUUGAUAUGUUUUAGCCAGAGCUUAUCUGAUAUGGGUGAGGAUCAUGUUUGAGUUUCUACUUAACAGUGAGUUUUUUCAUUUCUUUUUUUUCUUUUUUUUCUUUCUCUGAUCCUAUUUUAACUGAUAUACAGCGUAUAGUUCAUAAAUGUAAUUCCAGAAAUGUCACAAGUUGCUAGCAGUAUGAUAUAAAUAUACAGUAGAAAAAUAG